AUAGUACCAUUCCUAAUCCUAUCUUUACACAUUCUGAAUCUGAAUCAGUGAAAUCUUACUGAUUUGGAGUGUUGUUUACAACUAUGAGUAUCCGUAACUAUUUACUGUCUUUCAAUGAUUCCGCUUAGGAGGGAGAUACUCUGAACUGGAAUCAGUGUACUAUUAUUGAAAAACACUGAACUCAGACUAUUCAUUGUCAUUUAGUGAAUGAAUACACUAAUUCCAAUUUAGAGAGUACACGCAACUUAGUCGCCAAUGUUGAAACUUUAUGCGUAGCUUUGAGAUUGUUGCAAUAGAAAGUUUUUUUAUUUAAUAUUAUACACGACACACAGACAUUCUGACAUUCGCGCGGGCGUUCAUCAGAAAUAACAUUAAAUCAGGAAAAUUUUAUACCCUACAUCUAAAUCAGGAAAAUUUUAUUGAUUUGCAGUGCCAUACUUAUAACUAUGAUCAUCAGUGAUUGUUCAUUUUCAGCAAUUCUGUUUAAGAGGAAGAUACUCUCACCGAUCGGAAUAAGUGAAUUAUCACUGAAAAACACUGCUUAUAUCUGAUCGGUAACAGUUAAGAAUAUAACACUGAAAUUAGACUAUUCACCGUCAUUCGAUGAAUAAUGUACUGAUUCCGAUUGAGAGAGUAACGUCACAAAAAGCUGAAGUGUAAUUGUCCAAAGGCUUCUAUGAAAUUCAAGGCAGAUAUAUUAUUAAUACUUAUGAAAUGGCAAGUUUUGAUGCAUUGUUUCGUUAGAAACGGAUAGAACAUCGCUUUCCCCAGGAUGUACAUAAAACAUCAUUCUCAUUCCAUGCAGGGAAAACGCGGAAGUGAUUUGUUAGCCAAGUAGUACGCUCAGCGCGCGUUUUUCACGAACGCGAGCAUUAUCUGCGUUUAUAACAACAGGAGUGCAUCGCACAGUCGAUAUCGCACGAACGAUUGAAGAAAUCGUGCAGGGUUUACAAAAGGAGGCCGCGAGCUGUGCUGGGCGAAGUGUGUCAAAGAGAGAAUCGUCUUCUCUCAUCGGCGGCGUCGGCGUGAUGAUCCCCACCGCCGUUUUUGCGUUCAAACGAUGAGCCUUCGGCUCCACCACGUGGAUGAUGAGGGUACCGCUAUCUUCCUCUCCGCCGGGCGGACCGUCCAGUCAAGCCAGAAAUACUGCCUCCUUUAGCCCUGACAUUGCGCGCGCGUGUGAGCGAGCGAGCGAGCGAGCGAGCGAGCGAGCGAGCGUCGCUGAUAUCCAUCUAAUUCCCGAAGCAAAGUAUCGAUCGCGAACGCUUUCGCAACGCAGUGGAACGCCGGCAGUCAUCAAGUCACGCCACGUUCACGUUAGUUGACGUUGAGCUCCGAGAGACGGAAAUACAACCCCGGCGUAAAGGACGGACUUGACUAUUCAUCGUCGGAUGAUCGGGAGAUCCGGAAGAAGAGUCGAUUGCCACUAAAGGUCGAGUUCAGAAUGGCGUUAAGCUGGCUGGAGAUAAUAUUUCUGAUAAUACUAGCGUUCGUCACCUUAAGAGCUCUCGUGAAAACUGGGAUUCUAUUGUGGAAAAAAUUGAUAGCUCCGAAACUUGGAUUUUCAAUCGAUUUGCGAACGCAGGGGAAAUGGGCUGUAGUGACCGGUGCAACGGAUGGCCUCGGAAAGGCAUUCGCCAAGGCGCUUGCCGAGCGGGGCAUGGACAUUGUCUUGGUCUCACGUUCUUUAUCCAAGCUGAAGGAUGUGGCUGCCGAGAUCGAGCGGAAAUAUAACGUAGAAACUCGCGUCAUUGAAGCGGAUUUAACCGAAGGUCAGGUUGUCUAUUCCGAAAUUGGCAAAGCGACACAAGACUUGGAGGUCGGUGUCCUUGUCAAUAAUGCCGGCGCGAGUUACGACCAUCCGGAAAUGUUCACGCAAGUGUCGGAGGAGAUGAUCGCCAGAAUACUACAACUUAACGUGGCCGGAGUGACGGGGGUCGCGAGAGCGGUGCUACCUGGCAUGAUGGAACGAGGGAAAGGGGUAGUUAUCAACGUGAGUUCAACGGCCGCGGCUAUUCCGAGCCCAUACCUGUCAGUUUAUGCCGCUAGUAAAGCGUAUAUCGACAAGCUCAGCGCCGACCUGGCUACGGAAGCUGCGCCAAGGGGCGUUACCGUUCAAUGCGUCCUACCCGGCCCGGUCGCCACGAAGAUGUCCAGGAUCAGGAAAGCAACGUGGAUGGCGCCUACCCCGGAAAAGUUCGUCCAGUCGUCGCUGAAAACAAUCGGCAUCGAAAUGCGCACAACCGGAUAUAUACCGCAUUCCGUGAUCAUUGGCGUCAUGAACGCGCUGCGCUACAUUUCGGAAACAGGUGCGAUGUGGCUAGUAACGAAGACGAUGCUCAACUUAAGGGGACGAGCCCUCCGUAAGAAGACAAAAACCUCAGUGGACAUGUGGGACUCUUCGCAAGGGGACACCGUCUCUAGUUGAUUUAUGCGUUUUUGUAACGUCGUUUGCGCAGUGUCAUUAUUCGCCAAGUUACUCUUUCUUAUUGCUUUGCAUUAGAUUUUUUUAUCGACAUUUCUUCACAUCCAAACUGUCUAUUUCUCAAAGAUGUUUUCUCAAAG